AUGGUAACUGAGAUCAAAGGGUUUAAAGUCUUGCCGUUAAAGAUUCCCAACAGCAGUGUCGAGAGCUAUAUAUUCUUCAAGAAACAUGAGGUGAAACUUGCUGGUGAUUCCGAGUCCAGGUCAAUUUUCUUUUGUAAUCUUCCUAUUGCAUCCACCACAAAGGUGCUAAAGAAGUUUUUCCAAAAUAUAGCUAUUGGGGCCACCAUGGAGUCAUUUACCGCCAGUUACUUGACAGAUUCGGCAGAAGAUGUUUUCCUUGACUUAUCCAAACUCACGUCUGAUCUUGACAUUCCGUCUGAAGUCGAUGAAUCAAGUGCAAAAUUGCCCAAGAACUGUGGGAUUGUCACUUUUAUAGACAAGUCAGCAUUCCAAUUGGCCAUGAACAAAUUGAAACUGUUGUCCAGUGGUUACAAAGUGGUGGAAUGGCCCUUGGAAGCCAACUCGUUUGGAUCCCAGUACUUUCUUGGAAAAUAUCAUUCCCAGGUAUUGGAUGUGGAAACUUUAUCUAAUUCUGUCAGCCAGGCAUUAAUUGAUUUUGACAAGGCAGAGAAGGAUUCGAUAGAACACCUCCUGAAUCAACGUGAAUUAGUAGAUGAAGACGGAUUUACGUUGGUGGUGGGCCCUCAAAGAAAAACCAAGGCCGGUAUCUUGGGCCAGCAAAAACUGGCAAUUGCCAAAGCUGAAUCCCAGAAGGCACAAGCGAAGAUGAAGAAGAAGCAAAAGGAAGACUUUUAUAGGUUCCAGUUGAGAGAAAAGAAGAAGGAAGAGAUGAAUGAGUUAUUACGCAAGUUUAAAGCUGACCAGGAGAAGGUCAGAGCCAUGAGUGACAAGAAGAGAUUCAGACCCUAUUAG